GAGUCUCUGGGACGCCCCGCGCGGCCGGCGCGACCGCGCCUCGCAAGUUCAGGAACCCACCCCCCAGAGCUCGAUACGGAACGAUAGGGCGUGGCGGGAAAUCCAUGGGGUCAGUCGGCCGCCGCGCGCGGGCAACAAUCUCGAGCAACAUUCCUGAGGCCCCAAGCUCAUGGGCAGCCGUAUGAAUAUAAACGCAAGCACACACAGCCACAAACAAACAGCAGACGCAAACGCGCGCGGGUAGCCGUAAACGCUGCAGACAGCAGCCACAAACACCAUAAGCAACACAGCCAUGAAACGACGAGCAGGCCACAACAUGCUCAUGCUCAGCGCCCUGCCGCGGGCGACGGCCUUCACGAACGUCCGACGCCGGUUCCAGCCGCGCGUCGUCUUAAGGGGAAUGGGGACCGAGCAGCUCGGCGCGGUCGCCGCGCCGGGCGUUCGUGUCAGGGCGCCGUGGACCAACGGCCAGCUCUAUCCGGGCCAAGUCACAUCGGUCGAGGGCGACAAGGUGUCCAUAAAAUUCGACGACGGCGACCAGCGGGAGGGCGUCACCUGGAAGGACUGCGCGGUCGGCCCCGCUGAUGAAAUGCCGGAGCCAUUAAUCGGCAUCCGCGUCAUGGCGCCGUGGAAGAACCGCCAUAUGUACCCGGGCCGCGUCGGCGCCGUGAGCAAAAGCAAGGACAAAGUGAAGAUCAACUUCGACGACGGCGACGUGCUGGUCGUGCCGUGGGCGGCCUGCCGCCUCCGCGACGCGCCAAAAGCCUCGUACAAGCGGCCCCAGAGCCUGUCUGAUUCUCUCUCGUACGCGGGCCUCACCGACUCGCAGCUCAAGCCGCGCGCGCAGCCCGCGCAUGAGAGCGCCCUCAAGUGGGUCGGCUUCGCCGCGACGCUCGCGGCCAUCUCGGCGGCCAUGCACGGCGCCGCCCUCACGACGUCCGGCACGUACACCUUCUUCGACGCAACGCUGAAGACGUGGGAUUGGGCGGCCGUGAUCUAUCCCCUAUGUGCCAUUGGCUCCGUCGUCUGGAACAUGAUUCACUACGAUCAGAAGGACAGCGCGGCGAUUGCGAAAGCUAUGGGCGGCUUCGAGAGCAACGACGCGGCGUUACGCGGUAUGGUGGCCGCCGUCCACGCACGAAGCGGUCUUGGUGGUGAAAUUCCGAAAGUGUAUAUUAUACCUUCAGAAGAACCAAAUGCCUUCGCUGCUGGGACCAAGGCGUCCGUCGUCGCCGUGACGACGGGACUGCUCGAUCUCCUGACGCCGCAGGAGUUACGAGCCGUGUUGGCUCACGAGAUCGGGCACGUACGGAAUAGAGAUAUGGCGCGGUCGCUGUUUUCGGGAUGCAUGGUGGCCGGGCUAGGGUUCGCAAUGACUAUUGGAGAUAUGCUGAUGCAGGGUGAGCGGCGGGAUCGACGGCGGAAGAAGAGCAAGGACGACAAGGGCGACUCAUCGCUCGGAGCGCUCGGGCUCAUCUUGUACGCCUCCGGGGCGAUCACGCAAGCCAUGGGUACUAUCCUCAGAAUGAUGCACUCACGAUCGGCGGAGUACGCGGCCGACGCGUUCGCGAAGAGCAUCGGCGCGGGAGCCGACCUCGCGUCGGCGCUGGAGAAACUCGAGGCGUCCCACGCGACGGUGAAACGAGACGAGAAGUCCCUCGGCCUCGCGGCGAACGCCUUCGCGGCGUCGUACAUCGACAACCCGCCGGAACGCGACUCGUGGUUACUCACGAUGGGCGGGUGGCUGCGGACGCAUCCCCGGAACCAGGACCGCAUCGAGCGGUUGCUCGCCUAGUUGCUAUUUCCCUUAUUCAGUUUAAGUAUACAAUCAUAUCCCAA